AUGGCUGCUGGCGAUGCUCGAGAGAAAGGGAGCCCCAAGGCACAACGGGACGAGUGGGUUCGUAGCGCGGUCGGUGAGCGCACUCCCUCCCCCAAUCAUAAAGAAUAUUGAUUUUUCCGGGCAGAGCGCGACUUCACGGAACAUUUAGGCUCUUUCAAAUUGAACUGGCAUAUAUUUAGGUUCGGAGGACUUACAUUUUUUGGUGGGACAGAGUAAUUCAAACCCUUCCUUUUACUACCGACGGACUCACUCUAUUCCCCUGGCCUAACCCUGACAGAAACACUAAUUCUCACCCUCCUAGCCCUAACCACAACACUCCUGGAAGUUACGUCGUGGGUCGGUAGUUCCGUGCCCAACCGAUUAAUUUUCACACAAACGUCAUGUUAUACGGACUGCUCUAGUAAUAGCGGAAGUUGCAAUCGAUUUGAAACAAUCAUCUCGAAUAAAAUUGGUCUGAUUUUGUAAACUAAUAUAUUAUAUAAUAUAUAUAUCUUUGUAAACCAAUAUAUAAUAUAUAUAAACGAAUAAAAUAUACAUAUGAUAACUAAUGCAUAACAUAUAUAACACAGUAACUUCGAUGAUCGCAUUUGUGUCAUUUUUUUUCUAUUUGCCCCUAUAAUUCUGCGACAUUCCGAUUCAAAUCGGAAAUACAUAUGAAAAAAACACAAAAAAAGAGAAUUUCAUUUAUUAUUUUUUGCGGUAUCCGUUAUCGAAAAAGAAGAACCUUUUAGACCAGUGUGCCUAUUACUUAAAGCCGACUUUUCGGUUACUCUUUUUGUUUGCUAAGAUCAGGAAAUCCACUGCCUGACAACCGCUCGAAGCUUCAUUUGCCAGGUACUCCUCCUUAGACUGUGGAGAAAAUUCACAAAUGUACUCUUUAUGCAAACCACAUCCACAGGGCCAUCCAGUUUUAAGUCGAGUUGGGAAUACGCUUGGACAUUUCAAAGAUCCUAGUAUGGGUAUGUGUAGCCGAUCAUCGCAUGAAGAAUUCUUAGCCAACUUCACUUAGCAGGCAGAUUACAAAAAGGCUUAAAGUGUGGUUUUGGUGCACCAUGUAUUUGAAAAAUAAUCGUCUGGAAUCCUUCAGGAUGUAGUCCUUUAAAACAGCAAAAACAUUAUGUCUAUAGCUUUCAGGCAUAUUUGGGUUAGAUUACCCAAUAAGUACUUGUUGCAGUCUCUCAAUAAUCCAUGAACGUUAUCAGCUUAUUCACAAUUGUCCCUCACAGGACCCGUUGAAUCGGCAUAUUGAUUUUAAAAACCAGAACAGCGAAAGAUUUACAAAAAUGUCAAAUCCCAAAUUUAAUCGAAAUGGACUUGCUAAGGGGAAAGUGACAUCGGCAGUAGGUACCCUGUGGCAGAGUUUGAAGACUGUAUCCUCUUUGGGAAACACAUUGGACGAAAGUCUAGUUGAGUCACAUGGAGGUGUCGUCGGAUAAUGGUUUUGUCGAUGAAGGUGCGCGAAGUUUAAUGGGUUUUAAGGGGACAAAAUUCACAUAGUCAGAGAAGAAGGCCUUUGUCCAACAAGCACACUUAAAGUCUACGCGCGGAUUUAGAAAUCUGUCUCCAACAAAAGGCAGGAAUCUGGCCGAAAACACACAUUCGCAUAAAAACAGAUGAAGAAAUAAUAUAUUAAACACGUUGUACCGCAUCCGAUAUCCGACAGAAAAAGUAGCAAAAGACAUGACACUACUAGGGUGAAAAUCGGAGUAUCCUCGAGAGCUGUAGUAAAGGGUUUAUUUGCACAUUAUAAGCAAUAAUGCAGGAUGUUUGGAUAAAAACUAGAGAUCUACACUUUCACUCCAUCAACAUAGCGAGAAAGUAGGUUAACGUUAACUUGCUACUGGAUUUGUGGAGUAGCACUUAUUGAAAUCGAUUAACUCCAGUCAAGGAAGGAGAAAUCCCAAGCACCGAUAUUCCCGGGAAAAUUGAGGAGGGAAGACCUAAAAGAAUAGACGUGCCAGAAAAGAGUACAUUUAACUUCAGCACAACUACUUGUUCGCAGACCGUAUUUGACGCUGGGAUAUUCUGACAAAAGUGUUGGACGGUCACUUAAAUACGGUAGCUUAUCGUGGGCAUUUUGCGGCCGGCGAUGGUCCAAGUUAGAUAUAGGCAACUGAAGUCCAUUAUAAACAAUGUCAGCCAUAAUAGAACGCUAGUCAAACACGAAAAGACAUGCAACAAAAAUUACAGAAAAUGAAGAAUUAGAAUCAUUCAGGCUAGAUCAGUACAGGAUAUAAUCAGGAACAAUACUUUUGUUCCAAUAAAGCAUACUGUGAAUAUACACUUGAAAUAGGCCCACACCAAUCACUCUGUAUUGCAGGAAUAAAUGAGCAUUUCCAUUUUAUCAUUAGGAUCAUCUCCCACAGCGCUUGAGAGCAGUUGCAUAAAGGUUACUAGUAAACAAUGCAAUAGCUUCAGCGGCUAAGUCAGAGGCGCAGUAACGACCAUCUUUGCUAUGUCCGCCGUCAUCAACCAGUCGCACAUCAACUGCAGUAAUUACUGUCCUUAAAAUGACCCGUGAUCCACCCGUAGUCAGAUGAGAUCGAAUAUAACCAUUCAGACCCAUCAAUGUGAAUACUCCCCGACCAGCCCCGACAUGCCAACGACCCGCAGUGCAGAAGUGAGAACCCUACUCGAUGAUCAGCUGACUCAGUUUGACAUCGCGGUUCUGCAGAUCUAAGAUGUGAUGAUGAUGAUGAUGAUGAUGAUGAUGAUGAUGAUGAUGAUGAUGAUGAUGAUGAUGAUGAUGAUGAUGAUGAUGAUGAUGAUGAUGAUGAUGAUGAUGAUGAUGAUGAUGAUGAUGAUGAUGAUGAUGAUGUCGACGUCGAACAAACCAGGUGUGGACAUCCCGUGCGUCUGCAUUCUCGAUUGCACUUCUACAAAUUUGAGUGCUAG